AUGGAUAACGUAAAUACUGAAGUUAAAGCUGAGGGUGAUGAUGAGUGGGAAGAGGUUACAAUGGUGAUGGAGCUGAAUGGGGUUUUGGAUACAACUUCAACUAGAAUGGCAAUCCAAAAUGGGAACUGCGCAGUAAGGCACGUAACCUCCGAGACCCCACUUGUGCAAAUUGGGAAUUCAAUAUAUUCUGGGCAGUGGUUAUCAACAGUUGGUACCGACUUAAUAUUUGAACAGAAAGGCAAUCGACUUCAAUUUUGUGCUGUUUCUGAAACUCAGCUAUCGGCCGUGAAAGCCCUCGUCACUACGGAGGCAGAUGCGCAGACAACUAAUUGA